AUGGAUGCUAAUGGAAUGUUUUCUCCUAUCACUACUUCUGGUUUUGUAGGAGUAGUUGAUAAUAAUAACUCUUUACAACACCAACAACAACAACAACAGAAUCUCUCUAUUCAACAACAAAAUCCCCACCAUUUGCACCUUUCCCAAGGUGUUUCCUAUGCUCCCCAUCCUCAUGACACUGACACACAUCAUCAACAACAACAACAACAACAACAACAGUUGCAUCAAUCAAUGAAACAUGGGUACCCUCCUUUUUCUUCAUCCAGGAACAAACAACAGCAGCAGCAGCAGCAGCAGCAAGGUUCUCAGGUGAGUGAUGAGAUUGAGGAUGAGCCAAGUUUUCAAGCUGAUGAAACCUCUGGUGGUGGUGAUCCAAAGAGGAAAUUUUCGCCUUGGCAAAGAAUGAAAUGGACUGAUACAAUGGUGAGGCUUUUGAUAAUGGCGGUUUAUUACAUUGGGGAUGAAGGUGGUUCUGAAGGGACUGAUCCAAUGGGUAAUAAGAAGAAAGCAAGUGGGUUGUUACAGAAGAAAGGGAAAUGGAAAUCUGUUUCAAGGGCUAUGAUGGAGAAAGGGUUUUAUGUCUCACCUCAACAAUGUGAAGAUAAGUUCAAUGAUUUGAAUAAAAGGUAUAAGAGGGUGAAUGAUAUACUUGGAAAAGGGACAGCUUGUAGGGUUGUGGAGAAUCAGAAUUUGAUGGAUUCAAUGGAUUUGACACCUAAGAUGAAAGAUGAAGUUAGGAAGUUGCUGAAUUCUAAGCAUCUUUUCUUUAGGGAAAUGUGUGCUUAUCAUAAUAGUUGUGGUCAUGCUGGUGGUGGUUCUAAUGUUCAACUUCAGCAAGUAGAAGGUGGAAGUGGACCAACAACACCUCUGAAUCAACCUCAACAACAUCAACAGCAGCCGCAACAACAACCAUGUUUCCAUUCAACAGAAAAUGGUGUUGGGAAUUUGAGUGGUUCGGGUUUGAGGAUUUUGAAAAUAGGAAGUGGAGAGGCUGAAGAGGAGGAGGAUGAAGAUGAAGACGAUGAAUCAGAGGACUUUUCUGAUGAGGAUGAAGAUGAAUCAGGAGAAGGUGGUUCAAAGUGUCAAAUUGGUCAUUCAAAUGAUCAAGAUGAAGAUGAGAAUGACGGAAAACCAUCGCGGAAAAGACGAAGAAAAGGAGGAUUUCCCGUUUCCAUGUCAUCCUCAUCAUUACCAUUGAUGAAUCAAAUGAACAAUGAAAUAAGUGGCGUCUUUCAAGAUGGCGGCAAGAGUCCAUGGGAGAAAAAGCAAUGGAUAAGAAACAGAAUUUUGCAGCUGGAGGAACAGAAAAUAAGCUAUGAAUCACAAGCUUUUGAGUUGGAAAAACAAAGGCUGAAAUGGGCAAGGUAUAGUAGCAAGAAAGAGAGGGAAAUGAAGAGAGCAAAACUUGAAAAUGAAAGGAGGAGAUUAGAAAAUGAAAGAAUGGUUUUGCUUAUUAGGAAGAAGGAGAUUGAGUUGAUGAAUAUUCAACAGCAACAGCAUCAACAACAGCAACAUUCUUCUACUUAG